UUUAAUGAUUCACUAUGUUGAGGCAUGUGACUGUGGCAGCGGACAAGUUACAUUUCUAUGGACAUGUGCUGAUACUCCAGACAGAGUGGCAGGAAUCACUGGGACAUCCUAUUAGAGAUGUGGGAAUGGCUACAGAUGUUUCGGAUCUUAGACUACUUUUGCAUUGAAGGCAGUGACCUGAAGACUGGAAAUAAAGUGGGCGUCCUGGAUGGAGUCAAUUCCAAUGCGGACUGGAUGGGCUCGCUCAGCCCCACUCUCACCUCCAUGCCCAUGAAGUAUCUAGCAGUACCAGGGUCUCAUGACUCCUUCAGCUUCUGGGUGGAUGAGAAGGCUCCAGUGGGGCCAGACCAGAAGGCCCUGGUGAAGCACCUUGCCACUGCGUUCCACCUGGUGGCCAAGAAAGUGAUGAAGAAGUGGUCCAUGACCCAGAACCUUACUUUCAGAGAACAGCUGGAGGGUGGUAUCCGCUAUUUUGACCUGCGGGUGUCCUCAAAACCAGGUGAGCCAGGACACGAAGUUUACUUCAUCCACGGCCUCUUCGGCCACAAAGUGCGUGACGGCCUCCAUGAAAUCAACACCUUCCUCAACAGCCAUCCCAAAGAGGUGGUCUUCUUGGACUUCAACCACCACUACGCUAUGAGCAAGGAGCACCACAGGUACCUGAUAACCAUGCUGCAGCAGAUGUUUGGACAAAAGCUUUGUAAGUCGAAUGUGGUGGAGGACAUCACGCUGGACUACCUGUGGGAGAAUAAGUACCAGGUCAUAGUGUUCUACCACCACCCACUGGCUGAUGACUGCCCCCAUUUGUGGCCUGGAAGUAAGAUCCCAGCCCCCUGGGCUAACACCACAGAUGCAUACAAACUGAUACAAUUCCUGGAGACCACAUUGGGGGAGAGGGCCAAGUAUGGCUCUUUCCACGUUUCCCAGGCUAUCCUCACACCCCGAGUGAAGACCAUCUUCAGAGGACUUGUCAAGGGACUCCGUAACCACUUAGUGGAGAGGAAUCUGCCCACCAUCAUGACAUGGGUGGAGGCCCAGAAGCCAGGAGCCAAUGGGGUCAACAUAAUUACAUCUGACUUUGUAGAUUUGGUGGACUUUGCCACCACUGUCAUCAACCUCAACAAUCUCCUGCUUUCUCAACCUUCACGUGACCUGAGAUAUCCAUGAUCAUAAGGCCAGUGAUCACAUGACUAUUAACAAUUACGUGACCUUGUGGGCCAGCAGUCAUGUGGAUGGACAGCUUGCUUUAAUAGUGCAAACUGUACUAACCUGGUAGCUCUUUACUUCUUUCAGAAUGUGAGGGGGGGGGGGGGUGGGCACAAAUACAUACUUGAAACAUGGUCAAUAUGUUACAUACACUAUAUGGCCUAAAAUAUGUGGACGCCUGGCAUCCAACAUCUCAUCCAAAAUUUUGGGCAUUAAUAUGGAGCUGGUUCACCCUUUGCUGCCAUAACAACCUCCACUAUUCUGGGAAGGUUUUAUACUAAAAGUUGGAGCAUUGCUGCAGGGAUUUGCUUCCAUUCAGCUAGCAUUAGUGAGGCCAGGCACUGAUUGGGUGUGUAAGUCUGGCUCGCAGUUGGCUAUCCAAUUGUUCUGUUGCACUUUUUCAAGUUAACUUUGCACAAGGUGCUUCGCCAAUCAUAGAAAUGCUAUGUCAAAACAACAAACAGCAAAUAAAAUAAUUUAACAAGGUGACCUAAUUUCUGAUUGGUUGGUUGGGAAACAUAAAACAUGGAGACCGACCAGGAUCUGCUGAUACUCUAUAUUUGUAAUAUGCUUCACUUGGGAGAGACUAACACUGGUUCACAGCAAAAAAAUAAAAAAAUUAAAAAAUUAAAAAAAAUAAAAAAAGAAUAAUACAAAGGUGAUUUGGUACAAAAUAUUAAGUCUGAAUUUUUUUGCGUCUUGUGUUGUUAGUGUAUUGAGGAGCUUUGCUUGAGGUGGUUCAAUGCACUGUUGCUUGCUAGCUAGCAAGCUAAUUGUCACCAUUAAAGCUAGCUAGGUUGCAAAUGUGUUUUUAUUUUUUAUUUUUCAUUCUCUGUGCUCCAGGUUUCUUCUUUUCUUUUGGUGCCUGUUGCUCAUUUUGCUUGCAUAUUACUUUCUUGGUAAUAAUAAUAAUGAUAAUAAAAAUGUAGCCAACA